GCUCCCCUCCCUAUCCUGCGUCCCAGUGCCCACCACUCAUCACCUCCCCCCUCUCAUCCUCUCCUCCUCCUCCAAUGGCCUUCUCCUCCACCGCCGCCGCCGCCUCCACCGCCUUCGUCUCUGGGCACCGCCGACGCGGCGGCGCGUGCCACCUGCUGUCCUCCUCUUUCCUCAUCGCGUUCCCGCGCGCCGUCGCGGCGAGGAGGUGCGGCGAGGCGGCCGCGGCGCCGAGGAGGGUGGGCGCGGUGACCGUGCGCGCGCAGGCGGCGGCGGGGGCGGGGAAGAAGAGCGUGCUGAUCGUGAACACGAAUGGCGGCGGGCACGCCGUGAUCGGGUUCUACCUCGCCAAGGACCUGCUCGCCGCGGGCCACGCCGUCACCGUGCUCACCGUCGGCGACGAGGGCUCCGACAAGAUGAAGAAGCCGCCCUUCUCCCGCUUCUCGGAGCUGACGAGUGCCGGGGCGACGACGGUGUGGGGCGACCCGGCGGACGUCGGCGCGGCGGUCGGCGGCGGCGCCUCGUUCGACGUCGUCCUCGACAACAACGGCAAGGACCUCGACGCCGUCAAGCCGGUGGUGGACUGGGCGAAGGCGGCCGGCGUGGCGCAAUUCCUCUUCGUCAGCAGCGCCGGCAUCUACACGCCCAGCGACGAGCCGCCGCACGUCGAGGGGGACGCGGUGAAGGAGAGCGCGGGGCAUGUGGGCGUGGAGAAGUACAUCGCGGAGCAGUUCGGCAGCUGGGCGUCGUUCCGGCCGCAGUACAUGAUCGGCUCCGGCAACAACAAGGACUGCGAGGAGUGGUUCUUCGACAGGAUUGUGAGGGGGAGGCCGGUGCCGAUCCCGGGGUCGGGGAUGCAGGUGACGAACAUAUCGCACGUGCGCGACCUGGCGAGCAUGGUGGCGCUCGCCGUGGAGAGCCCCGGCGCGGCGGCGGGGAGGAUCUUCAACUGCGUCUCCGACCGCGCCGUCACCUUCAACGGCCUCGUCAAGAUGUGCGCCGCCGCCGCCGGCGCCCAGCCGGAGAUCCUCCACUACGACCCCGCCGCCGUCGGCGUCGACGCCAAGAAGGCCUUCCCCUUCCGCAACAUGCACUUCUACGCGGAGCCGAGGGCGGCGAAGGAGGUGCUUGGAUGGAGGAGCUCGACGAACCUGCCGGAGGACCUCAAGGAGAGGUUCGCGGAGUACGCCAGCAGCGGCAGAGGGCAGAAGGAGAUGAGCUUCGACCUCGACGACAAGAUCAUCGCCGCCGCCUAACAACACCCAUCUCAUCUCACCUCGUCAUGGUCAAAUACAAAUACAAAGUGCUCGGGGAUCUCUUCUUCUCGUGAUUUAUUUUCUUCUCCCUCUGUUUCUUUGGUUCCUCUUCUCAUACCGGAAGCAUAGAGAAAUGCAAAACUGAACAAUUAUAUAUGUAAAUGCUAGGAAAAUGCUGUUACAAAUAAGUGAAUAAGAUGAGUUUUCGCUUUUCGUUUUUCAUUUUUCCAUCA